AUGCCAGUAGCUACCAACACAAGAGAAAAUAUUGUAUCAAGUGUUGAAAGUGGAUUGGAUUUAUUUCCUCCACUUACAAAACAACAUAUAGUUAAUUGUUCAUUUUCUUCAUGGUAUAAUAAAUUUAGAAGUGUUACCAUAAAAUCCAAAAUAAUUAAACCUUUAUCAAAAGAAUUUAUAGAUUAUUUACAUGCUGACAGUGUAUUUCUUCCUGAAGAAGAAGAUUAUCUUGAAAGAAGCGAACUAAGUGAUGAGGAGGAAGAUGAUAACGAAGAAGAAGCUGACAAUAUUGAAAAUCAAGCAAUUCCAAGUUUUCCUGAUUUAGAACAACAAAUAAUAGGAAUAAUAGAAGAAUUUGGCGGUGCAAUUUUUCCAAAACUAAAUUGGAGUUCACCAAGAGAUGCGACUUGGAUUUCAUCAACAAACACGCUUAAAUGUAAUUCAGCAUCAGAUAUCUUUCUAUUACUUAAAUCAUCCGAUUUUAUUGCAUAUGAUCUUGAUCAUGCGUUUGAUGGUUGUAAUCAUGAUAAUAAUGAAGAAGGUGAAGAAAGUGAAGAUAGUGACAAUGAUGAAAUCUUAAGACAAAGGUCAAAUGAAUUCGAAUUUGAAUUGGUGAUACGUAAAUGGUGUAAUAUGGAACCUUCAAUGGAAUUUCGAUGUUUUGUUAAAAAUGAGGAACUUGUUGACGUAUUUGAUGUUUACGUUACUCGUAAUAGAGAGAGAGUUUGGUUGAUUGAUUUUAAUCCAUUUGGAUCUAUGACAGAUAGUAUUUUAUAUUCAUGGGAAGAAAUCUUGUCAGAAACAUUAUCUUCUUUGACAUUAUUUAGAAUUGUAACCUCACAGAUAGAAGCAAGCCAAUUUCAUAAUCAAAAUUUUUCAGUAAAUAGAUAUCCACGAGAAGUCAUUGAUUUUUCACAAGGUCAAACUGUGAUUGAAUUUGCUGAAAGAUUUCAACGUGAAUUGUAUAGCUAUGCCUAG